AGAAACUAUUAAUUGUUGUGUGCCCAUAUUAUUUUGGUAAGUGCGGGUGUUAGAUCUGUACCAAAAUAAUUAAUAACGCCAUCUGUUGUGUCUAUGGUGAACAUUUUUAUUAUAAACCACAAGGCAUAACUUCUGUAAAGUGAAGCUGUCACUUGAGCGUCCCUGUCCAAAAGAAACUGUGUGUUUUAAUUACAAGUUUUGUUUUAUUGCUCUAAUAUUACAGUCUGUAUACUCGGCCUCUCCUAUCAUUACCAUGCAAACACACCCUGCAGUCGUCAGUGAAAAGUACCGACCGCCAUUGCUCGACAGUCCAAUUCAGGUGCUCUCGAGCAAAUUGGACUUGCCGGUGCUUUGUGGUCAAUUUCGGACCAGUGGCAGGCCGCCUUAGUGUUAAGUUGGUUUCCUUUAAACGGCUUCUGACAGUCCAUUCACUAACAGCCACCCUUCGAAGCCGUCUCAGCUCCUGCUGCGCAUCGACACCGGUGAAGUAGCGAUUUUGCAGCGACGUAGAUACGAUAUCCGUAUCCAUAUCCGAAAUUUUAUAUCCAUAACAUCCCUGCAUAGUACUAUGAUCUAGAUGCGAGAGGAGAUUUAAUUAUAUGUUAUACUCUGUGGAAGAAACUUGAUUUUUGACAGAAGUCAAAGUGUCAGUCAACUUGUGUCAUUCAGGAAAGGUCACCUUGGUAAAGUACAAGAUUUGAAUUUGUGAUUUUGAUUUACGGUUGAAACGUAUAGAGUUGGGGAUAACAUUAAUUAACCCUCAUCAUGGACGGAGCGACGACGCAGAAAUUUAUUGGACGUGGAUCCCAUAAAGGAAAGGGUUUGGCAGUGUUUACAAGCGGUGGGGACUCCCAGGGUAUGAACGCUGCUGUGCGGUCAGUGGUGCGAAUGGGUAUUUACUUAGGAUGCAAGGUGUACUUCAUCCGUGAGGGCUACCAGGGCAUGGUUGACGGAGGCGACAACAUUGAAGAAGCUAAUUGGUCCUCUGUGAGCUCUAUAAUCCACAAAGGAGGCACUAUCAUUGGAUCUGCUCGCUGCAUGGACUUCAUCCAAAGAGAAGGUCGUCUUAAGGCUGCAUACAAUUUGGUGACACGGGGCAUCACCAAUCUGGUUGUUAUUGGAGGAGAUGGUUCCCUCACCGGUGCCAACCUCUUCCGCCAGGAGUGGUCCAGCUUGCUUGAUGAGUUACUUGAAAACAACAAAAUUACUAAAGACCAAAGGGAGAAGUACAAGUAUUUGCAUAUUGCUGGCAUGGUUGGAUCUAUUGACAAUGACUUCUGUGGUACAGACAUGACAAUAGGUACUGAUUCAGCUUUACAUCGCAUCAUUGAAGCUAUUGAUGCCAUUGUAAGCACUGCCUACUCUCAUCAAAGAACAUUUAUUAUGGAGGUCAUGGGAAGGCAUUGCGGUUAUCUGGCAUUAGUGGCCGCUUUGGCGAGUGAAGCAGACCAAGUAUUCAUACCUGAGGACCCUGUUCCCAAUAAUUGGGUUGAAAAGCUUUGCAAAAGGUUGCAGCAGGAAAGGCGUUCAGGACAGCGUCUGAACAUCAUCAUUGUGGCCGAAGGUGCGAUCGACCGCGAAGGUAAGCCCAUCACGGCGGAGCUGGUGAAGAAGGUGGUGGUAGACAACCUGCAGCAGGACACACGUAUCACUGUGCUGGGUCACGUGCAGCGAGGUGGAUCGCCUUCCGCUUUCGACAGAAUAUUGGGUUGUCGCAUGGGUGCGGAGGCGGUGAUGGCGCUGAUGGAGGCGACGCCGGACACGGAGCCGUGCGUGGUGUCGCUGGACGGCAACCAGGCCGUGCGUCUGCCGCUCAUGGAGUGUGUGCGACGGACUAAAGCCGUGGCGCAGGCUAUGGCUGACAAGAAUUGGGAUUUAGCGGUGCAACUGCGCGGGCGCAGUUUCGCACGCAACUUAGAGACCUACAAGAUGUUAACCCGUCUGAAGCCACCCAAGGAAGCAUUUGAUGAAUCUGGCAAACCUUCUGAGGGGCUGACGCUGGCGGUGAUGCACGUGGGCGCGCCGGCGUGCGGCAUGAACGCGGCCGUGCGCUCGUUCGUGCGCAACUGCAUCUACCGCGGCGACACCGUGCUCGGCAUCCACGACGGCAUCGAGGGGUUCAUCAGCGGCAACAUCGUCAAGAUGGACUGGUCUGAUGUGACUGGUUGGGUGGCUCAAGGCGGCGCGUUCCUGGGCACCAAGCGUACUCUGCCAGGAGACAAGAAGGGCGAGAUCGCCGCACGUAUUAAGCAGUUCAAUAUACAGGGAUUGCUCAUUAUCGGAGGUUUUGAGGCGUAUCAAGCGGGUGUAGAGCUGUACGAGUCCCGGUCGCAGUUCCCGGAGUUCUGCAUCCCGCUGGUGGUGAUUCCGUCCACGAUCAGUAACAACGUGCCCGGCACGGACUUCUCACUCGGCGCCGACACUGCCCUCAACGAGAUCACCGAAAUUUGUGAUCGCAUCCGUCAGUCUGCGCAGGGAACGAAGCGUCGUGUCUUUGUUAUUGAGACUAUGGGAGGAUACUGUGGCUAUUUGGCUACAUUGGCAGGUUUGGCCGGUGGCGCCGACGCUGCAUAUAUCUACGAAGAGAAGUUUUCCAUCAAGGAUCUGCAGCAAGACGUGUACCACAUGGCGUCGAAGAUGACCGGCGGUAUCCAGCGCGGUCUCAUCCUGCGUAACGAGAAAGCUAACGACAACUACAACACGGAGUUCAUCUACCGCCUUUACUCUGAGGAGGGCAAGGGCUUGUUCACCGCUAGGAUGAAUGUGCUUGGUCACAUGCAACAAGGCGGUUCGCCCACCCCAUUCGACCGUAACAUGGGCACUAAGAUGGCGGCCAAGUGCUUGCACUGGCUCGUCGAGUCCAUCCAGAAGGGUCCCGCGAACACGCCCGACACCGCCUGCCUGCUCGGCAUCGUCAAACGUCAAUACAAGUUCACCCCACUCGAAGAUCUCAAAGCGCAAACUAACUUCGCCCAAAGAAUACCGAAGCAGCAGUGGUGGAUGAAACUGCGUCCAUUGCUUCGUAUCCUCGCGAAGCACGAUUCCACUUACGAGGAAGAAGGAAUGUACAUGACGGUCGAACAGGGCGAGAUUGAUUCUGAAAACGUUAUUUAAAUACUCAUUAUUACAUUUCAUAUCUUUUAGCUUUUGCAAAUGUUAGCGUGAAAUAACUCACUUAGUAUGUCUAUUUAUAUUAACUCAACGAACGUCAGUCGUCCAGUAAAAUAGGAGCUCAAUAGUACUCAGAUUUACAUUCGAUUAUGAGCCACAUUUUUCAAAUGUUUUUUAUAUUAUACACAAUAUUACUUUUCGUUAUUACUAACAAUGACAAAUAGUGGCUUAUGAUAAUAUGUUUUUUGUGGGUUUUACAUAAUAGUGUCACAUUAAAGUCUCAAAAGGAGAGAUGGAUAAGAGAUACAAAGAGCUGAAAGCAACUUCGGUAAUGUUAAUUUUGUGAAUUAUUAUGUAUUAAUAAAAAUGGCAGUCAAUCAAUCCUAAAAUUAAUUAUACUCAAAAUAUAUUAAUGGUAACGCAUUACGCUUGCACAUUUUUUAAAGCUUAACUAUUCGGAAUUCUUUCCUGUUUUAAAUCGUUAUAACCACGAAAUAAAAAUACAAGGAAAAACCCGUGGUCAACGCAUUCACACAUUUGCAAAAGGUGCUAAUGUUCUGAAGGUAAUUCCGACAACUUUCACCAGUUGGAAAGCAGUUCAAUAUCCAAAUGAAAAUUAAAAUAAUAAUAUUUAAAAUCAUCAUAACAACUGGGCAAUCUUCUGAUUUUUUUUCCACCACGUGAUAACAAAACUAAGGUAAUGGCGGUAUACCUUCAUCAAUAAACUCAUCGCAAUUAAACAGUGGGCAAAAAAUUUCUGACGAUGUACGUACUAAAUGACAUGGCGAUAUAACUAUAGUAGCCUAGUAUGAUAAUGACAACGAUGAUUUACUUAUCAUAAAUGUGGUCAAGCUAAUUACUUGUGACUUGCAGUUUGAAUCUUCGAUUUUUUUUAUACGUGGCUGAGUGACCCCACUGCAACCGAUGGUAAUUGGAGUGGGGUCCAAUAGAAUAUCCACUGACGAGAGAUGAUACCCCGCGGCAGUCAACACAAUAAUGCUUUUUGGAACUAAAUAUACACAGCCCGAUCCCGGAACGCGAUACUCACGUGGGCCACUAUGGCAGGUUUUAAAACUCUGAGUAUGGCGGUCGCUAUCCGGGCGGAUAUCAAAUAUAUCCUACCACCAUUUAACCAUUGGAUGUGGCAAAAUUGCACAUGCUCUUGUAUAAGCUUCUCUUUCCUGUGGUUAUAACUUUCUAUGACAUAUAUGUGUAUUAUAUAAUAUAUGUAUGCAACCUUUAAAUUAAUUUUCAGCUCUUUGAAUGUUAUUAAAUAAUACUGCUUUUGUAAUGUGUUUGCAGUACGUGUGUAGGAUCAAUGUUAGGUAAAUAUUUAAUAUCUUUGAGAGUAUUAAUUCAUUAUGUCUGUUAGAUCUAUUAGGAUAGUAAACAAUUGGUUAUGAUUAUAAUUAUCUAAGUAAAUUCUCCCUAUUAGAAAUAUUUGUUUUGAAAAAUUCAAGUCUCUUUGCUACAAUGGCAAUAAGACGAUGGCUUGAUAUUCGCGUUAAAUGUAUUAGUAUUGCUAAAAAUGAUAAAUACUUAUGCUAAACUUCUAAACAUAAAUUAUAAUUAGUUAAUUUAAAAAUUUUGCUAAUAUUUAAAUAAGUUAAAUAGUUGCCUAAUUAUGUGUGCAUCAAGCAUGACACUUAUAUAAUCUGAGACUAACAAUAAAUUCAUUAUUACAUGUAUCAUGUACCGAUUAGUCUUGUACAAUUUAACUAUUUUUUGUAUUCAUUUAUUUUUUUCUUCUUAUUUAUUUGUAGGUGUAGUAAUUUCCCAAUCUAUGAUAAUGAUAAUGUGAUAUUAAAAUCAGUCAAUAAUUUUACAAAAACAAAACAUAUUAUAGUACAAGUCAAAUAUGAAAUGAACUGCUGUGAAA